AUGUUUUUAGAAGUCUUAGAAGACUCAGAAGAUAUGGAAUAUUCAGAGACUACUGAAUCACUAUUAUUAUAUGUUUUGUCUUUCAUUUUAUUUAAGAAAAAAAGAAAAGUGGCUGUAACAG